AUGACACAACUGAAUUUGGAUUCUAUUCACUUAUCGCCCCACGAAAGGCAAAGGUCAGCCUCAACUGCAGCAUUGCAUCCCGACCUCGGCACGCUCACGUCACAAGAUCCGCACUUGAUGAUGAAACCUUCGGGGCUAUCCCCUGGAGUGGGUACAAGUGGCGUCACCAGCGGAUCAUCCGAUAUACCACCAGAUUUGGCUAUAUUGUUGCAAAAGUUGGACGAGGAUUUCUUGGUAAAUAAAACGAUCGACCAAUGGACUUAUAUCAACAGAAGAGAGGAGAUAAUGCAGUCAGUGAAUAGGCUCCACCAGAAACAGAACCAGGAGUAUUUUCCUUUGGACCCCAAUUUGUUGGAAAUGCCCCUCAAACCAAGAAGAUCGGCAACAUUUUUCACUGAUAGCAAACGUUCAGACGACAUCUUGGAAAUUUUGAAGAACAGGGCUACCAUCUAUAAAUCGGAUUUGGCCUUUGUUGUGUUGGAUUCGAGGGGAAAGGAAGUGAAUUCCAUCACCUGGGAAAAACUAUAUUUGCGGGCGGUCAAGAUAGCUUAUGAAAUUCAGCAUAGAUCAAGCAUGAAAAACAGUGACACAGUCAUUUUAUUGUACAAAGAUGGAGAAGUUACCGAAUUUGUUGCUGCAUUGUUUGGGUGUUUUCUAGCAGGAGUCACAGCGAUACCAAUACACCAGGAUAUCUCAUUAAGUGAAGUUUUGAGUAUCCUAACGCUCACAUCUACAAAGCUUCUUUUGUACUCAGACACGGUAGCGAAAGAACUUGAAAGACUCAAUGCUCAGAAUCUGAGAAUACAGUGGCCCGCAAAGUUAUUGAAAUGGAGAACGACUGAUUUCGGCUCCGCAAAAAAAACAGAGUUAUCUUCUUGGCAUGCCAAGCAUCAAAGCAGAGGUGAUGCUGUACAAAGUAUGAAUCUAGCAUAUAUUGAGUUUUCAAGGUCUCCAGUGGGGGAGCUUCGUGGCAUUGCUCUCAGCCACAAAACCAUUUCACAUCAAAUGCAAUGUUUGGAUGUUGCGCUUCUGAGUUUGCCAAACUCUGGAGGUGCUUUCCGGCGCAGUAGCAAAGAAUACAAAGGAAACAAAAAAGUCGUUUUGGCAACCUUGGAUAUUAGGUUCUCGAUCGGCCUCAUUCUAGGUAUAAUUUUUACCAUUUAUAGCGGAAAUGUAUUGUUCUGGGCGCCACAGCGAGUGAUGGAAACACAGGGGUUGUAUGCAAACAUUUUGACAAGAUGUCGAGCAUCGUUGCUCUUGGCUGAUUAUUUGGGGUUGAAAAGGGUCACUUAUGAUUAUCAGGAGGCACCGAGCGCAACAAGGUACUUUUCGAAAACGCAAAGGGUUGAUUUUUCUUCGGUCAAGUGGGUUUUGGUGAACGCGUUAACUAUUGACGGAGAAUUUAUGGAAAUUUUGGCCCAAAGGUAUCUCAGGCCGUUAGGCUGUCAACAUCCGGAGAAUGCGAUUAUUCCGAUGCUCACUUUGAGCGAGUAUGGUGGAAUGGUUAUUUCUCUCAGAGAUUGGCUCGGGGGGAAGGAAAAGAUGGGAAAUGUACAGUCAGACGAUGAGUCCAGUGAUUUGUCUUCGGUUGUGAUCGAUAAGGAGUGUUUGGGUCGAAAUUUGGUGAAGAUUGUGGAGACAAACCCAUCAACGUCUGACGACAUUGGCAGCAACAAUCUCAGGGUAGAUGCCUUUGGAUAUCCACUUCCCGAUGCAACUUUGGCGGUUGUGAACCCCGAACUGGCAACCUUAGUGCAAAAAGGGGAGCUAGGAGAGAUUUGGAUUGACAGUCCAUGCCUUUCAGGUGGAUUUUAUGGUUUGCGAAAGGAAUCAAAGCUGAUUUUUCAUGCCAAAUGCCACGGGCCAGAUGGCUUGCUCGAAAUGGAUUUUUUAAGAACGGGGCUUUUGGGAUUUACGCACAACGGCAAAGUCUAUGUGUUGGGCUUGUAUGAAGACAGAAUACGACAAAGAGUGAGCUGGAUGGACCACCCAUCGUUCAAGAGAACAAGCUUGGAUGUUGGGCUGUAUUCAGGAUCGAGGUACCACUAUUCUUCGCAUUUGCUAGCUACGUUGGCCAGUGAGGUGAAACAGAUUUACGAUUGUACAAUUUUUGACAUAUUUGUCGGUAAUGAGUAUUUGCCCGUUGCAAUAGUGGAGGCAGAAGUUAUACGAAAUCAAUUCGACGAUGCAAGUGGUGCCGAUGCAAAUAAUGGAGGGGCAAAAAGCAAAGUUGGAGAUCUUGAGCAAAACAGUGGUGUGCCACUCAAUGAACCAGUAUUGAAUGCAAUUGCCCAAAAAUGUUUUGACACUCUUUAUAAAAGACAUUCAUUAAGAUUGUACUGUGUGAUGGUUGUUGAUUGUGACACUUUACCGAAAAUUAUGCGAAGUGGUGGAAGAGAAAUUGCAAAUAUGCUUUGCAAGAAAAAAUUUUUGGAAGGAACUUUGAAAGCUGAUUUUGUGAAAUUUUUUGUCAGAAAGUCGAUUAGUUUGAUACCUCAUGGCGAGGAUGUCAUUGGAGGAAUAUGGUCGCCAUAUGUGUCAGAGUUGAGAAGUAAAGCAUUGACAAAUUUCCCCAACCAGUAUUCGGCCAUUGACUAUCGGGCUAAAGCAAUAGAUGACAAAACGGGCACAAUAUUAUCAGAUUUCAAGACAAUACAUGAUAUUCUCAAGUACCGUGUGUCUAAAAGUGGCGACUCCAUUGCUUUUCAAAAUGUUGAUGUCAGCGGAAAGAACAAACCUUUAACAUGGAAGAAGUUUGAGCACAGAGUUCAUGCUGUUUGCCAGUACUUAAUCGACAAGACCAAUAUCAAGGCGGGGCAGUACGUAAUAUUGAUGUACUCGCUAUCUGAGGACUUUGUUAUAGCAACUUACGCUUGUUUUGUUUGUGGGAUCGUACCGAUACCAAUGCUUCCCUUUGACUCAAACAGGAUUGGAGAAGACUUUCCUGCAUUUAUUGGAGUGAUCAAAGACUUUGACAUUUCCGAAAUACUAGUCAACGAUGAGGUUGAAAAGUUUUUGAAAAAUGGUCCUAUAGCAGACUCUUUAAAAAAAGUCACCCAUAAACGAGUCAAAUCGCUCAAGAUAAAAAACACUACCAAACUUAGUAAGGUGACAAAUGUGGGUGCUUUGACAACAAAAAUUUCUGCUUAUCUGGGCUCCAAUAAACUUAGAAAUGAAGAUGGGAUUGCUUUGGUUUGGCUUAAUUUUACCUCCGAUCACUACCGUGUUGGUGCCACUUUGAGUCACAAGAAUAUUCUUGGAAUGUGCAAGGUGUUCAAGGAAACAUGCAAUCUUAGUUCCCAGUCCGCUAUUGUAGGCUGUGUGAGACACGCUUCAGGAAUUGGCUUUGUGCAAGCAUGUCUUUUGGGGGUUUUUUUGGGAACCACUACGUAUUUAAGCUCGCCAGUUAAUUAUGCUGAGAAUCCGUUGUCAUUCUUUUUGACACUUGCUCGGUACAAGGUGAAAGACGUUUUUGUUACGGAGCAGAUGCUUAAGUACGCGGCCAUUAAAUUUUCUCCCAAAGGUUUCAACUUGUCCCAUUUGAAGAAUAUGAUGAUAAGUACCGAGAGUAGAGUCGAGGUGGACUUGUUGAGGAAAAUUGCUAAAGUUUUUCAACCCACAAAGAUGAGUGCAGCAUCAAUGUCCACGGUUCAUAAUCAUUACUUCAAUCCGAUUAUCUCCACCCGGUCAUACAUGACAGUUGCGCCUGUUGAUCUUUACUUGGACCCAGUAGCGUUGAGACAGGGUUAUGUUUCUGUUGUUAGCCAGUCUGAUGUGCCGAAUGCGCUCCAUGUACAAGAUUCGGGAAUGGUUCCCGUAUGCACAGAAAUUGCCAUCGUUAACCCUGAAACAAGGAGAAUAUGUAAAGAGGGUGAGUACGGUGAAAUUUGGGUGUGCUCGGAAGCAAAUCUCACGUCGUUUACCAACGGCCCCCAAGGACCUGUGGACAAUUUCACUCCUAUACAAUUUAGUGGAAAAAUCAAAGAUGGAAACCCUGAUGUGACAUACCUUCGAACGGGAGAAUUGGGCUUCUUGCAUAAUAUUUCGAUAACAAAAAACAAAAGCUAUCAAAAUGAGAGCGAAAUCUCAUCGUUUCAGCCACUUUUUGUCUUGGGAAAAAUUGCUGAUACUUUUGAAGUGAUGGGUUUGCAUCAUUUCCCCAUUGACAUUGAAAACACAAUUGAGUUUUGCCAUGCAGAUAUUUACAAAAAUGGCUCUUGUGUCUUUCGAUGUGCAGAUUACACGGUCGUGGUUUGUGAAUCUAAGCGUACUCGGUACUUUGCAUCAUUAGUGCCACUAAUAAUAAAUACGGUUUUCAGUAAGCACCAUUUGAUUAUUGACAUUGUUGCCUUCAUUAAGAAAGGCGAGUUUCCUAUAUCUCGAUUAGGAACUAAGCAGAGGGCAAGAAUUGUUGAUGCAUGGGUACAAGGGGUGAUACCUAUCAGUGCAUCGUACGGGGUCAACUACGGCGAGAAUAGCAUGAUCAAGUUGAUAAAAGAGAUGGAAAAGUCUGCACAGGACAAUCCAAUGAUAGAGCUCAAAAAUCCUGCCUUAUCGUACUACGACUCCGAGUUUGACAGCACAGAUGUUUUUGAUGAUGAGAAAAGAGAAGCACUAAAAUUGAACAGCCAUCCUUAA